UCAAAGACAAAACGCCGGCCUUUUAUUUCUCGUUUUACGCUCAGAAGUGAAUGAAUAGUUUCUACGUGAAAAAGUGGUAAAUGAUGGCAGCAAAUAAUUACUUUGGGUUUACCCAUGGAGGAACCCAAUAUGGCGCUGCAACAGCUAGUGCAGCUUACGGCGGCCAAACGGGGUACGCCGUGGCACCGGCUGCGACCGCCGCGACGUACGGGACCCAACGUGCCGCAGCAACAGGAUACGAUACUGCGUAUCAGGCUGCGGCCGCUACACAAGCCGCUCACGCGCACGCGCACGCGGCAGCGGCCGCUGCUUCCGCAUACGACGCCAGCAAAAGCGCGUAUUACCAGCAGGCGGCUGCCGCGUAUCCCGCCGCACCGCCGCAGCCGCAGCCCACCUACGACGCCACCGCCAAGCCCGCCUACUCUACGCCUGCCACAUACGCACAGGGCGCGCGCGGUUCCGGCGGCGCCAAGGCGGCGUACGGCAGCGUGUACAGCGCGCCCGCGCCCGCAGCCUCCUACCCCUCGCAGCCCUACUCCGCGCCCGCGCAGCCCGCCAAGCAGACGGCUAACAGGGGCACCUCUGCUUAUGAUACAGCUCUCUACAACGCGGCGACCAUGUAUGUGGCGCAGCAGAACAAAACGGGCGGAGGCGGCGGCGGUGGUCGCAGCGGCUGGAAGAACUACAACAAGAGUGGCGUCGGCGCUGGACUCGGGCGGAGACCCAAGCCUCCGCCCAAAGCACAGCAACUGCACUACUGCGACGUGUGUCGCAUCUCUUGCGCCGGCCCGCAGACCUACAAGGAGCACCUGGAGGGACAGAAACACAAAAAGAAGGAGGCAGCUGUGAAGUUGGCGGCGGCGGGCGGCGGCGGCGGAGGAGCGCGCGCGUGCGGCGCCUCGGCCUUGCGCUGCGAGCUGUGUGACGUCACGUGCACGGGAGCCGACGCGUAUGCGGCGCACGUACGUGGCAUCAAGCACCAAAAGGUCGUCAAACUGCAUACCAUGCUGGGGAAACCCAUCCCCUCCACCGAGCCCGUCAAGCUUCAGCCCGCCAAAAAGACCGUCGCCGGAGCGCCAAAGAUCGCUUUCGUGGCGUCCGGGGGCCUCAGCACCGUGGGCUGCAGCGCCGACUGCCCGCCAGGCGACAAGGAGGACGAGCGGGAAGACGAUGCCGACGCAGAGCCCGAGGUGCAGCCCGUGGGGCAGGACUACAUCGAGGAGAUCCGCGGGGACGACGGCAAGGCGCUCAGCUUCAACUGUAAGCUUUGUGAUUGCAAGUUCAACGACCCCAACGCCAAAGAGAUGCACAUGAAGGGUCGCCGUCAUCGACUUCAGUAUAAGAAGAAAGUUCAGCCAGACCUUGAAGUUAAAGUUAAGCCGUCCAUGCACCAGCGCAAACUAGCUGAGGCCAAAGCUCAACGCAUGCUCGUACGCGACGAGCUGUGGGCGCGACGACGUAUGCACGAUGGAGUUGAAGAAGACGACCGCGUGUAUUGGGAGGGUGCAGACUGGUGGCGCGGACCACAUCACCAUCAUCAUCACGCUAUGGGUAUGGGAUACGGUCCUGUCGGCCGCCGGCCCGAGACUUCGGACGACCGACACGUGCUGGCCAAGCACGCUGACAUAUACCCACCUGAGCAGCAGCUGCAGGACAUCCAGCGCGCCGUUUCGCAUACGGAGAAGGCGCUCAAGUCGCUCUCUGACGCACUCGCCGAUCAGGGCAAGCUCAAGGGACAACCUGCAAAGGUCGCAGCUAAAGUGGACGAUAAGAAAGAAGAAAAACCCGAAGGGAAGGAGGACGGUCGAGAUAACCAGCUAUUCUCGUUCGUGGGCGAAGGUGAGGCGGCGCCGAGCGGGUCUCCGGCAACUCCGGGGCCGGGCACAGCGGGUGCGCGCGCACUGAAGGGCGUAAUGCGCGUGGGGCUUUUGGCCAAGGGGCUACUCCUGCGCGGAGACCGCGACGUGCGCCUCGUCGUACUGUGCCACGACCGCCCCACCGUCACACUGCUCAAACGGGUCGCGGCUGACUUGCCGCACCAUCUCUCCAGAGUCAAGGGUUCGAGUGAGGAGCCUAAGUACAAAGUGGAGCUCUUGCCGGCAGAAGGCGCGGUGUCUGUAUCAGACGGCUCUGUCAACGUACUUGUGAGCCUCACGUCCGCCAUCAUGCGCGAGCCCGCAGAGGGUGGCGACAUAAAGCGAGACGACAAGGACGUGCUCCCGCGGCAGAAGUGUUUGGACGCGUUGGCCGCCCUUCGGCACGCCAAGUGGUUCCAGGCUAGGGCGGCCAGUCUGCAGUCCUGUGUCAUCAUCAUCCGCAUCAUGCGUGACCUCUGCCGGCGGAUACCUAACUGGACACCUCUCAAUCCAUACGCGAUGGAAUUGCUGGUGUCAGGCGUGAUGCAGUCUGCGGGAGGCGCGCUGUCGCCGGGCGAGGCGCUGCGCCGCGUCAUGGAGGCGGCGGCGGGCGGCCUGCUGCUGGACCACGGGCCCGGCCUGCGUGACCCCUGCGAGAAGGACCUCGUCGAUGCUCUCGGAAACUUACCGCCACAGAAACGUGAAGACUUAACGGCAUCGGCUCAGCAGUUCCUGAGACAAAUUGCCUUCAGACAGAUACACAAGGUCUUGGACAUGGAGCCGCUACCGAAGGUGAAGCACGCGGCGGGCAACUGGAAGUUCCCGCGCAAGCGCAGGCGCUCCAACACUGACCAGGACCCCGACACGCCUAAUGGCGAUAACAAAGUAGUGAAGAAGGAGGAUAAUUCUGAAUAAUUAUGUCAAACAAAAAUCAAACAUUUGAGGCGAAAUCAAUUUGACAAUGCGUAGAGAGUUCUAAUUUAAAAUAAACAUUCAGGUGUCUGAUAAACAUUUAUGGAAAUGAAAGUUAUUUUCGAUAUGAAAAUAUACAAAACUGUAUAUUUGUAUCAAUUUUAAGUGAGAUUACAAUGCAAUAAUAAGUUGAGCACUCGCAAUAGCGACCAUCGACACGCGUUCCUCCGGUGGAGGUAUAUUUUGUGUACCGCACUAUAUUUAACAUAUAUAUUUGUGUCACAUGCGCUAUAAAAUUAUUAUUUUUGUGACAUUAAUCGAUCUGUCCAAAACUACAGUAAUUAUAGUCCAGAGCUAAUUGAAGUAGAAUUUAAAAAAUAGCUAGAGUUAGAGUAUAAUCUAUACAUUGUAAUUAGUCGUAAUGUAUUUUAAGCUGAUUGACAGGGAAAGGCGCGAAGCGUUGCUUUGGCGAAAGACGGAGCUGGACCGGUUGGAUAAGAUUUUUUAAUAUUUUUAGAGUCACAGUAUUUGACUUUAGAAUAUGUAGUUCCUCUUAGGCGGCCGAGGAAAGGCGUCGCAUAUUAUUUUUUAAUUAUUGAAUAACUCUUUGACUGUAUUAAAAUGUAGUCUUUAUUACCCCUAGAUGUGUAUAGUUAUUUCGUCAGUAUCGUCGUUUGUGAUUGGUCAUACCUUGCGAUUAUUAUUAUUUUUUUCCUUUUCGCGUUAAUUCAAAAUUAACCAUUGGUGUGAUGUAUAUUAUUUACUAGUUUUUUAGGUUCAAAAAUUAGGACGACCUUUAGAUAUAAAUAUAGAAAAUGUAAGAUUUGUCUUCUUUUCCGACUAAGGAAAACCAUUUUUGUAUUUAUAAUAUGAAACCACUUUUGAAUAUUAAUGUCAAUAAAGAAU